GGCGCGGUCAUGGAGGCCGCCGCGGCAUCGGCAUCGGUGGCUAUGGCGGCCUCUUCUUCCUCGUCCUCUUACACCGCCACGGCAUCACAAUCCAGGGCGGCAUUGCAAUGCUGCAAGGCGACGGGAUCCUCGCCACGCCACAAUCGCCAGCAUCCCAGGAAGCAGGGUUUCGGCGGAUCUUCUUCCUCCAGGUGUGGAGCUCACCCCAGCGACUCGGAUUUCUUCUUCGAUGCGGCAUUGGCGGCCACGGCAGCGGCGGCCACGGUUCUCCCCAUGUACUGGUUCUAUGUGCAUUCGUCGUCGGCCGCCUCCAAAUCCAGGGAUAAUCGCCAAGAAUUUCGAGAAUUCGGCAGCUCCAGCGGCAUUGGAAGCGAGGAUUUUCGGCAGUUUGACACAGCGGUGGCCGUUCUUGAGCAACGAGGAGGUCUAGAAAUCGAAAUCGAGCAUGGGAAGCUUCAGGCUCCCACUGCGUUUACUUCGCGAGAGUUUCAAGAAAUCUCUUCUCCAGCCCAGAAUUCGUCGACUUCCCGAGAUGAUUUGGCCCAGGUUGCCGAGUUUAGUCCCAUUCGCCUUUUGGAAAGCGACGAAAGGCAUACUCCCGAAUUACCAGCCAAGGAGGAGACCGUGUUAGAACAGGCAGUAAAAAAAUUCACCAGGAUGCCAUCGCCUCGAGGACAAGAGGAUCUCAUCGCCUAUGACAGACUUAUAAGAGCUCGAAGAAUUCGAGAAAGUUUGGAGGUUCUCGAGGAGAUGGAGAAGAAAGGAACCUUGGAUAUGAACAAGGUCUAUCAUGCACGAUUCUACCAAGAAUGUAAAAGACAAUUGGCUGUGGAAGAGGCUUUCAGAUACACCGGGUUGAUCAAGUCUCCGACGCUAAGCACUUAUAAUAUGCUUCUUUCAGUCUGCUGCAACGCAGGAGAUAUGAAUGGGGCUUUUGGAGCUUUUGCGGCACUGAAACGAGCUGGUUUUAAGCCAGACUGCAUGAUUUAUACUACUCUAAUCUCAACUUGUUCAAAGGCUCUUAAGACAGAUCUUGUCUUUCAGGUUUACCGUGAAAUGGAAAGUGUUGGAGUUGAAGCCAACCUUCUUACAUAUGGAGCGAUCAUCGAUGGCUGCGCUCGAACUGGUGAACUUGCAAAGGCUUUUGGAAUUUACAGAAUCAUGCUCUCAAAGAAAAUAAAACCCGAUCGAGUCAUUUUCAACUCGCUUAUCAACGCUUGUGGUCGGUCUGGCGCGGUGAAAAGAGCAUUUGAGGUGUUCACAGAGUUGAAGUCUGAAAAUCCUAUCAAUCCAAAUCAUGUCACAAUGUGUUCGCUCAUAGAUGCAUGCUCAAAAGCAGGAGAUGGAGACUCUGCCUAUGAAGUUUACACAAUGAUGCGCAAGCGUGGAAUUGGAGGAUGCCCAGAGCCUUAUACAGCAGCUGUUCAUGCAUGCAGCAGUAGUGGCAAUUUGGAGCGUGCAUUUUCCAUCUACGAUGAUAUGAAGAAAGAUGGUGUGAAACCAGACGAGAUUUUCUUUAGUGCUUUGAUUGAUGUUGCUGGCCAUGCUAGUAAAAUCGACUGUGCUUUUGAUGUAUUACAAGAAGUUGAAAAGUAUUCUCUUGUUCCUGGUCCUGUGAUAUUCAGCUCCCUAAUGGGAGUCUGUAGCAAUACAGGAAACUGGGAGAAAGCUAUAUUUCUUUACGAAAAUAUACAGGCAGUGGGAAUUCGACCCAGCGUUUCCACUCUUAACGCCCUUAUGACAGCCUUGUGUCGAGGGAAGCAAUUCCAGAAUGCGCUCCAAAGCUUGGAAGAGCUGAAAGAAGCGGGGGUUUCUCCUAAUCAAUUAACUUACAGUAUUUUGCUGGAGGCUUGUGAGAAGGAAAACGAGGCUGGCAUCGCUCUCAACUUGUACACCCACGCAAUUGCGGAUGGUAUAGUUCCAAACUUGGCUAUGUGUGACAACAUAAUAGGUAUUUGUCUGGAAGGCAUCCGGAGCUCCAUUGGACCUCCGAAGCUUGCUUCCUCGGUAAACCCGUUGUGGAUGGUAGACGACAAUCAGAAACCGCAUGGCCAAUGGCUUUCCUGGGCCCUUGCAUGUUUCCGCCAGACACUUUCGGGUGGAGCACAGCCUACACUGCCAGUACUUUCGAGACUACUCGCUUGUCUACGAAUUCCAGAGUCAUCCGAAAGAGCAGAUACUGGUCUCGUGUUCCAAACUUCCUCUCCAAACAAGCACUUGGUGGAGGGCUUUGGAGUUUACGACCCUCGAGCCUCAGCUUUGUACGAGGAAGCCUCAUCAAUCGGUGUAGUGCCAGCAUUCAAAUGCGACGGCGAGCCGAUCGUUUUCGAAGCAGAUGGACUGCCUAUUUACACGGCGGAGGUGUGUUUGCUUACGAUACUGAAAGCCCUUCGGCGUCGCUGUGCAGCUGGCGCAGAACUUCCUUUUGUCACCAUAAAGUUCGAGACAACAAGGAAAUCGGUGAUCCUCCCGGAUGGACGAGUAAAAGCCAUUACAGUUACCAGGAGGAACGGUCAAGCUUUGGCUGCGCUGCUGAGAAAACUUAAACUGCGUUUCAAUGGAAAGGAGAGCCUGGGGAAGAUCCGGUUGCAUCCAGCAGCUCUCUCGCAGUGGUUCAAGCCCUCGGUGGCGACGCCAUCACCAUCGUCGCCCGCCAAGGCACGAGUGGAUCACGCAAACUUGGGAGUGCUUCCCAGGCCCAUCAUGCUGGGGAAGAGCAUCGCUGAGCAGCAGCGAGCGAUACGAAUGGGGACGCCGCUUCCAUCCGAGAGGAGGCAAGGAUCCAGCCUCAACCAUCGCUUUAGAAAGAUCUCGCCCAACCAAGAAUGAAGCAUGAAAGUUUUGAGCAGAGUGGAGCUACGAGAAAAAAUAUCGAUUUGUGGUAGAAUGGCAAAUAAGCAAGCGAAGGUCUUCUACGCGAAAGUCGCAGCAAGCUAAACAGGCUCGGCACCGGCUCGGAGAAAUCUUUUGGUUCGGCGGGCCUUUAGUAAAACUAAAGGCUUUUAUUAGGUUAAAAAUGUGAAGAGAUUUUAGGGUUCUUCGCUAAA